AUGCCUAUAAGGUAUUGGAGUCUCGGAGAGACAAUCAUCUGCGGCAGCCACGAGCCCACGACUAUGAUUCCGGCAGCAGCUUUGACGGUGUUGCUGCUCCAGCUCCGCCUAUCCACGGCAGCGUCUCAUGUUACGGCCGGUGCAGGGCCGUUGCCGCACUGCCAGACCAGCUGCGGCGCCGUGGAAGUGCCCUACCCAUUCGGCAUCGGCGACGGGUGCUACUGGCCAGGGUUCAACCUCACCUGCGACCGGACACGCGGCAGGGAGCCGCGGCUGCUCGUCGGCGCCGACCUCCAGGUCGUCGAGAUCUCCCUGACCAACUCCACGGUGCGGAUCGUGGACAUCGCAGGCCAGGUGAGGCUCACCUUCUCCGCGGGCCUCGACGGCAACGGCACGUGGGGCGGCCUCGGCGCCGCCAGCCCUUACGUGUUGUCAGAGAUGCGCAACCAGUUCGUCGUCACGGGGUGCAACGUGCAGGUCACGCUGGUUGGGGAGAGCGACGACAGCAGCGGUGGCAACGUCAUCUGCUGCUGCUCCUCCUUCUGCUCCACCAACAACAAGCUGACGGGUGCCCUGACGAGCUCCCCUGGCUACGGCGCUGCCGGCUGCUGCGACACACCCAUCCCAAUAGGCCGCCCCUCCUACGGCGUGGAGAUGAAGUCGCUGGACUCGAGGAACGAGUACGCCCACAGGCUGCCCAUCGCGGUGCGCAUCGCCGAGAGGGGUUGGUUUGAGAGCGCCUAUGCCGUGCUGCUCAACGACUCACCCGGGUACUCACCCUCGCGCCGCCCGGCGGUCCCCGUCGUCCUUGAUUUUGCGGUGGAUUCCAAGCCGGUGAUGCUGCCAGGGAUGGCGACGUCGGGCUGCCCUGUGGACGCGCGGAGGAGCGCGUGCCAGAGCAGCCAUGCCUCCUGCCGCAACGUCUCCGGAAAGUACCGCAGCGGGUACGUGUGCCGGUGCCUUGACGGGUACCGGGGUAACCCAUACCUCGCGGGCGGAUGCAAGGACGUCGACGAGUGUGCGCUUCCGGGCAUGUGCUUCGGCGAGUGCAUCAACACGGCCGGAGGGCACCUAUGCCGAUGCCAGCGUGGCGCACAUGGUGACCCGCGCAUAACAAAUGGAUGCACCAAAUCUUAUCUAGGUUUAAGUGCAGGCAUAGGAGUUGGCAGUGGAGCGGCCUUUCUAAUCAUGGUAAUUGGUGCUAUUUUCGUGACCCGAAAGAUGAAGCAACGCAGGGGGAAAAUGCUCAAGAAGAAAUUCUUCAAGCAAAAUCGAGGGCAUUUGUUGCAACAAUUGGUGUCUCAAAAGGCGGACAUCGCUGAGAGGAUGAUCAUCCCCUUGGUGGAGCUACACAAGGCCACCAACAAUUUUGACAAAGCUCGCGAGAUUGGUGGAGGAGGGCAUGGCACGGUCUACAAAGGCAUCAUGUCAGACCUGCAAGUCGUGGCGAUCAAGAAGUCCAAGGUCGCGAUCCAGAGGGAGAUUGACGAGUUCAUAAAUGAGAUAGCGAUCCUCUCGCAGAUCAAUCAUCGAAAUGUGGUGAAGCUCCAUGGGUGCUGCCUCGAGACGGAGGUGCCGCUACUGGUUUACGAGUUCAUCUCUAAUGGGACCCUUUACCAUCAUCUCCAUGUCCAAGAAACCAUGUCAUCCCUGCCAUGGGAAGAUCGGCUGAGGAUCGCCACCGAAAUAGCAAGAGCUCUAACCUACCUUCACUCAGCCGUGGCGUUCCCUAUAGUCCAUAGGGAUAUUAAGUCCCCAAACAUUCUGUUAGAUGGCACUCUCAUGGCAAAGGUGUCGGACUUUGGAGCUUCGAGGUUCAUUCCUGCCGACCAAACAAAGACCUCGACCGCAGUCCAAGGGACAUUUGGGUACCUAGACCCCGUGUAUUUCUACUCAGGAAAGCUCACCGAGAAAAGCGAUGUUUACAGCUUCGGCGUCCUCCUCAUGGAGCUUCUCACUAGGAAAAAACCAUGCUCAUAUCGGUCAUCCGAGGAGGAAACCCUUGUCUCAUAUUUCACUGCUUCGCUAGAAGCAGGCAAACUGAUUCAUGUGCUAGAUCCUCAAGUGAUGGAAGAAGGCGGCAAGGAAGUUGAAGAAGUGGCUAUGUUGGCAGUAGCAUGCACGAGGAUUGAAAGAGACCACCGGCCAACCAUGAGGCAAGUGGAGAUGACACUUGAGAGCCUUGGAGCCGUGCAUGAUAGCUUUAUGCCGAAGUAUCAAGUGGUUGUGGGUACAACCAUGGAGGGAACGAGCCGACAAUAUAGCUUGGAAGCAGAACAUUUGUUGUCAUCAAGAUACCCCCGGUAG